AUGGCUUCGCUUUCCGCAACGAAACAGGCGAUACGCUCCCUGGCCACUCGGGCCGGCGCUUCAAUCCUGCCUGUCUCCUCUCUAGGACCCAUGCGAGCCGCUACGUCCUCGAGGCUGCUCCACAGCUCGUUCGGCAGGGCAGCAACAUAUGGACGCUUCAAGGAUGGAACACAGCCUCUCUCCCUCGGCUGGCAGCGAAACAUGUCCUCAUCGCAGUCGGCGGGCCGAGAACAGCUGUCUGGUGAUCAGCUGCGACGUCAGCUCGAAGAACAGCUGUUUCGCCGCAUUGGACAAGGCGCCCAGGGUCAGUCUCGCUCGCAACAAAAGCCUGUGCAGUACCAGCGCUUUGGCGGUGGAGGUGGCGGUGGUGGAACAGGACGCAGAGGAUGGCGCCUUUCGCGGCCGCCUGUGCUCGUUCUGAUCGCGCUCGGCGGUGGCGGCGUCUACUACGUGACGCAUCUCGAGCAGGUCCCCGAGACGGAUAGGUGGAGAUUCAUCGACGUCAGCCCGGAACAGGAGCACGAGAUGGGCAAACAAUCGUUACAGCAGAUCCUCUCAGAGUAUCGCGAUCGUGUCCUGCCCGCGUCGCAUCCGUACUCGAAGCACGUGCGUGCGGUAGCUAGUCGCAUCGUGGCGGCGCUGGACAAGGCCGUGGACAGCAGCAAUCAGCCGAUGCACACCAAGGGCGAUCCGAACCUCACGCACCAUUCGCACGGCCAAGAAGGUGGCAUCAGCUACGGCCAGUCUGGCUCUGGCUCUGCUUCCUGGUUCGGUGGCCAGUCCGAGGCGCCCGCGGCCAAACCCGCCACGCAGUGGGAGGUCUACGUUAUCGACGAUCCCAAGCAGAAGAACGCAUUCGUGCUGCCUGGCGGCAAGAUCUUUGUGUUCACAGGGAUCCUGCCCAUCUGUCAGAAUGCCGACGGUCUCGCGACGGUGCUGGGGCACGAGGUGGCCCACCAAGUCGCGCGACACUCGGCAGAGAAGAUGUCGGGCUACAAGGUGCUUGGAGCCGCCUCGCUGUUGCUCGAUGCGCUCGGCCUGGACAUCGGGCUGAGCAGGACGGCGCUGACGCUGCUGAUGGAGCUGCCCAACUCGCGCACGGCCGAGUCCGAGGCCGACUACCUCGGACUGCGCAUCAUGAGCCGCGCGUGCUUCGACCCGCGCGAGGCGAGCAAGCUCUGGACACGCAUGACCGAAUCCGAGGGCGACGGGGGGAAGGGAAUCUUAGGCAGCGCACAAGCGGUUCUGUCCACGCAUCCCAUGUCGAGCAAGCGCAUCAAGAACAUGGAGAAAUGGCUGCCCGAAGCAAUGGAUACCAGGAACGCAUCCAACUGCCCGGCUCCGCAACAGGUGGAUGCCUUCCGCUCGGCUGCCAAUCAAUCACGCCAAUCUUUGCCAUUCUAG